CGUCAAGGGCGCUCUUCGUGGUAGCGUAGGUAGAAAACGUUCCCCUGCCCACCCUGGCAGCACGUCGUUCUUAUCUCUCCCGCGGAUCUUGCACAUACCUGACGAGCGUGAGACUGCCAGAGGAGCAGUGGAGGAACGACAUCAAUCACAGGAUGCUAGAAAAAGGCAAAAAUCACGUGGAGGUAGUACAACACCUUCGCAUUCUUCAACACCUUCUCCAGAAGUAGAAGAAGAACUUCAGCACCACUGCUGGACAGCAAGAACCCCCGCCGAUCCGCGUUUGGAGAAACAGGAGCAGAUGCAUCCACAUCCUGGUUCGCAAUUAGAGUUUUUACAUGCUCAGCGACAACAGGAGGAACCAUGUGGACGACCUCAAGAAGGACCUUCUUCCGAUUGUACAGCUGUAAGACCUGAUGUUGAAAGUUUUACUUCUACUCCACCUUUCUUGGCACAUCACCAGGCACCUGCAGCUCCUGGUGCUGGACAUCAUCAUCAAGCCUCGUUACCAGGCGGGAACGGAGUGGGGAUAGCCCCCGCUGCAGCCAUCUUUCUGCAACAAGCACGCGCUGCGCGCUUGCAAGCGUGUUGGCAGCAAGGUUUCGCUGCGGACAAUAGUUGCAUAACUUCAAUGCUUGCAGCACUGCUGAAGCAGGCGCCUCGUUUUCCUCCAGCCCAGCAGCGGCAGUUUUUGGAGGGUGCUUUUUUUCGGACCUUUGUGCCGCUACGGCCAGACAUCUUUGUUCCUGUAAGAAAUCCGCGAAAUGAGAGCGUUUCUGAUGUAGUAUCCGGAACCGGAAACCAGCAGUCUUCCACUCAACGCUUCUAUCUUCGCUAUGAUCUAGAGAAAGAACGAGAACGCAACGAGCACGUGUUGAAACAAAUGAAAAUGAUGAAGAAAAGCAACAGGGCGGAUGAUCCUGUCGACGUAUGCGAGCAACUGAUGUCGUAUGAUGACCGUCAUGAUUCUGGUGAAGCCUCGGACUCUCUUGGUCUAUUGGAGAACUUAAGACUUCUGAUCCCGUAUUACGGAGACGAUGAACUAUCUGGAACGCAACCCGUAGCAAACGAAAAUGGCGGCAGCCUGAUCAUCAUGAACAACCAGCAUCAACAGCAACGUGGGACCACUGUCGACCGUUUGCUCCCAGAACAAUACGAUAGCUCUGUGCUUCGAAGACCAUUACAUCCUGUUUCUUCUGCUGCAUUUGACUUCGAGGCAAAACAGAAGUGGAGCGGUUUGUAUCAGCAGGAAGGAGGAUUCUUUGGUCGCGGCGGGUGGUUGUAUGGGGCUGAUCAGCGUCGAGAUCAUCGAGGAGAACAUGUUGCAGUCGGUGUAGAUCGCGUCGAACAAGCAGAAAUGGAUUACUGGUCAUGUUCACCCAGUCAGCUUCUUUGCCCACCUCCUAGAGAAGAAGCAGGGCAAGAAGCUCCGAACAACGUUGCGCCAUUAGAUGCCAUGUUGAUCAAGACGGAUUUAGAUGAAGAUGAUAGUACCAGAAAGAUGAAGAAAACGAAUAGAUCGAUCGUGAAGGAACAAGAUGGUAAGAGCAUCAUGAUGCUCCCCGUUGUUCCCGAAGAAGACAUACUGCACCAGAGUCUCGCCACGCAUGAAGCCUCAGAUUCACCCGCGUCGUCUCUGCUAGUCGACUCUGUUGGGGGUGUGGAUUCACUUCUGUCUUUCCUUUCGACCGUGACUGUGACGAUUUCGGUGUAUCAAGAAGAUGUUGCGUGCCGCAAGGAACAAGCAGUGGAUGAACAAGAUUAUGACAGCACUAGAGCUACUAUUACUUCAUUGAGCGGACGUGACCAGUUGAAGCUUCAGGAAGAAGAUCAGCGAGAAGCUAACACUGGCCGUCUUCGUUAUUCCACAGAUGUAGAGCAGGUCCCGGACACGGUCUUUCCACAUAGCGAAAUAACGCUCAUAACCGAGGAUCUUGCGGCUGCAGUCGGCGCUGCUGCCCUCACCUUUUCCUAUGACAGUGACGUUGCGAGCGUAGUUGCUCAUGCUAAUGAUCUUCUGAAAGAGAUGUCCCCCGCCUCUGGAGGUGCAUAUGCAUCUUCUACCAAGGAGAAGCAGGUGGUAGGUGAACAAAAGAACAAAUAUGAACAAAGAGCAGAACAAAUAGUGCAUGUUUCGUGGGAUGAAAACCAAUCAAACUGCUUCAAAAAAUCGACUCCAUCUGCUGCAACUACACAGUCUAGGACGAGCACUGUUUCGUCUGGGUGUUUAAGAAAAACGACUGCUGCCCUACAAGGACACGACCAAGAACAGACCAAGACGGCACCUAGUAGGACUACAGCGCUUAUGCUUUGGACACACCGUGAGGCCGAUCAUCCUAAAAAACUGUGGCUUCUUCCUCCCGAGGCAAAGUGUGGAGUAAAAUAUGCGUACUCGCCACGCAGCAGCACGAGAAUUUACGAGCUGACUUCGAGUGGCUCUCUUCACUUUUCCAUACAUCUGGGAUAAACGUCGUGGAAAAUUCAUCCAAGUUGUCGGUUACCCUAUGAUGAAGAUGAAGUACUUAGUUGCACUACAUGCAGAUGCACAUCUAAUGAGAACUAAUGUAUGAAUACAACGAAGUACUAGUGGUGGCGGUCUGCCUCUACCCACCUGAAGAUUAUGAAAGGCUUUGAAUUUCUUGAUAUCAACAUGUUGGUCAUCAACAUUCGGCAGGAACACUAUCACUACGGUGAUCUCCUCUCUCACCCUGUUGCAUUUUUGAGUUCGAGAUUUUGGACGACAUCACGAUCAACUCGCCUGGUUUCUUACUUCGUUUUUUUAUGUUACCCUUCUCCAAUUAUCAUCCUCACACACUCGAUUUUCGUCAUCAUCUAUUCAAAUACCACCACUAUUUGCUAAUAAUAUCACUCGCAUUAUUUCCACAUUAUUGACUCAGAGGCUACAAAGCAGACAAUUUUUGAUUCGAAACCUAUACUCCUGAUACAUCGAAUGAUGAUCGUGUUAAUAUAUUUUUCCGGUUUAACUUCAUCUUCUACAUGAAGAAACAGAUACACUAUUGCGAGCAUACAUCUGCUGCAAUGAUUUUUUGGUCGGGAAAUAUUUAUAUAUACCUGAUUUUUCAUCAGCGUCAUUUUGUGUCCAGACGAUGAGCUUCGUUCUCGUCGUGAAUGAUGUCUGUGCAAAACCCUUACGCAUGAAAUUUUUCUAUCAUGUGAUGUUGUAAUUGCGUGAUGUUGUAAUUGCGUGACAUGGGAAGUCGGCACGCUGUCACCCGAUGAAAGUAUCAUGGUUUUUUAGCAAGGAAAACUAAAGAACCGACGAAAUGAGGAAAGCGCUCGGUAUGCUUCAUGGCGAAGACAUCCGGUUUAUGCGG